CUGGGGAGAUCUGCAGCCUGCUGGGAGAUGUGAAGCCUGCAGUGGUUUCAUUUCCAGUCAUUUUUGGUGAUGCUACAAACAAAUUGGUGAAACCUGGACAAUCUUUUGAGGAACCUUGCACCGGUUCUACAAAGCUGGAGUGGAGUCACCAAAGACCAGGAAGUAAAAAGUUUAAACCGAUGAACCGUAAUCAGUUUCGUCAAAAUGGGAAUCAAUUGGUUCUAACUCUUAACAAUGUGGAAAGGAAACAUGUUGGAAAUUAUACAUGUGCUGAUAAAGAGACAGGCAGCAUCUUCUCUUCUUUUUACCUGUUUGUUAAAGCUACUGCAAGUCCAUUCGUUGAGACUUUACCAUAUGUUGAUGCAACAGAAGGCCAGGAUGCAUCUGGCCUCUGUCCCCUGACUGAUUCAGAUGUCACUGACUAUGGUAUUGAAAAGUGUGACCGUUAUAAACUACCUGAAGGUUUUGUCUAUGAGAAGGAUAUUAGAUAUGGCAUCACCAUAAAAAAUGUGCAGACUAAUUUUGAUGGUUGCUAUGUCUGUACAGUAACUCAUAAUGGGGGGUGUUGAAGCGUUCCAGCCUCAAGAAACUGAUGGUCAGGCCUGUUCAGAAAAAGUUACCCACAAUUACUUUAACAAAAUCCAAGCUAGUUGUCAAGACUGGGGAGUCGUUUGAGGUUACCUGUGUUGUGAGGGAUGUUAAUGCCGUAGAGGUCCUUUGGAUUGAUGCACCAUCCUUGAAAACCACUGAAAGGAGCCUGUGUUUAUUUCCACUUCUAAUUUUGAGCGCAACUACACUCUGAGCAGCCAAGCCGUUCAAUUUAAUGAGUCUGGUACAUACACCUGUCAAGCCAAGAACAGCAUUGGCGUAGUGAAUGUUACAUUCACAUUGGAAGUUCUCGAAUUUGGCUACCUUAACUUGGUCGUCACUGACAAUACUACAGUUGAUUUAAACGCUGGAGAGAACAUCAUAUUGCAGGUUUAUAUUGAUGCCUACCCACGCCCUGAUGAAGAGUACUGGACCUACAUGAACGAAACCCUUUUGAACACUUCAGACCACUUUGUAGAGUCGCGAGAUGAGGGCAAUAACAGGUAUAUUAGCCAGCUGCACCUGAUUCGACUAAAAGGCAAUGAAAAAGGAGUUUAUACUUUUUAUGCAUCCAAUUCUGAUGCCAAUGCUUCAGUUAGUUUCAACAUAUUUGUCAAAACAAGACCUGAAAUCCUAAUUGCUGAGAAGCUUAGCAAUGGCAUGCUCCAGUGUGUGGCAGCUGGGUUCCCUGUGCCCUCCAUUGAAUGGGUUUUCUGCCCAGGAUCUGAGCAGCGGUGUACAGAUUUUCAAAGAAUCCCCCCUUUUGAUGUAAAGUUCAGCCAGGAAAAUUCAACGCUGGGUCGUAUGGUGGUAGAAAGCACCAUAGAUGUAAGCUCUAUCAGGAAAAAUGGUACCGUGCAGUGUAUUGCAUCCAAUGAUGUGGAGAGGAUCUCAUCCAUCUUCAGUUUUGCAAUUAAAGAAAAACUGAGUUCCCACAAAUUGUUUACUCCGCUGUUGAUUGGCUUUAUAGUGGCUGCAGCAGUGAUGUGCCUCACAAUGUUGAUUCUCAUGUACAAGUACAUGCAGAAACCAAAGUAUGAGAUCCAGUGGAAAGUAGUGGAAGAAAUCAAUGGCAAUAAUUAUGUUUAUAUUGACCCAACACAACUUCCCUAUGACAACAAAUGGGAAUUUCCAAGAGACAGACUGUGCUUUGGCAAGAUUCUUGGUGCUGGUGCUUUUGGUAAAGUGGUUGAAGCAACUGCCUACGGUCUUGUUAAGAGUGACAAUACACUGACUGUUGCUGUUAAAAUGCUAAAACCAAGUGCCCAUGCCACAGAGAGGGAAGCUCUCAUGUCGGAGCUGAAAGUACUGAGCUAUCUUGGUCACCACAAAAACAUUGUUAAUCUGCUUGGCGCAUGCACUGUGGGAGGGCCAACUCUUGUCAUCACUGAAUAUUGCUGCUACGGGGACCUUCUAAAUUACUUGAGAAGAAAGCGUGAUUCCUUCAUUUGCCCGAAAUUUGAAGAUCAUUCUGAAACAGCACUGUAUAAGAAUCUUCUCAAUUCACGGAACAAUGUUUGUGAUGGGAUAAGUGAAUACAUGGACAUGAAGCCAGGAUUACCUUACAUAGUGCCAACAAAAACCGACAAGCGGAAGUCAGGAUCCUAUGUUGAUCAAGACAUCGCAAUGCCUGAAGAGGAUGAUUAGCUCUAGAUACAGAUGAUCUGAUUAGCUUUUCAUAUCAAGUUUGCACAGGGCAUGAACUUCCUGGCGUCUAAAAAUUGCAUUCACCGAGAUCUUGCAGCAAGAAAUAUUCUCCUCACUCAUGGUCGAAUAACGAAAAUCUGUGACUUCGGCCUAGCCCGAGACAUCAAGAAUGACUCAAAUUAUGUGGUUAAAGGAAAUGCUCGCCUCCCAGUCAAGUGGAUGGCUCCUGAAAGCAUAUUUCAUUGUGUAUAUACUUUUGAAAGUGACGUCUGGUCCUAUGGAAUACUUCUUUGGGAGAUCUUUUCUUUAGGAAGCAGCCCUUACCCUCACAUGCCAGUGGACUCCAAGUUCUACAAAAUGAUAAAGGAUGGUUACCGCAUGUUAAGCCCAGAGUGUGCACCAGCUGAGCUCUAUGAAAUAAUGAAGAGCUGUUGGAAUGCAGACCCAGUGAAAAGACCAACCUUUAAACAGAUUGUACAGAUGGUAGACCAGCAGAUGUCAGACAGCAAAGGACAUAAACAAGCAUAUACAAACACGUCUCCUGUUUGUCCGAAUCACGCUCCAGUGGAUCACUCAGUGAGGAUCAAUUCUGUAGGAAGCAGCACCUCGUCCACUCAGCCUUUACUAGCUCACAGAGAUUGCUGA